GCGCACUCCGGCCCCUCUGGCUGCGCUUGCUGAGCGCCGCGGGCGCCGCGGCCCUGGUCGGCCUGGCCGUGUGGCUGCCGCUGUCGCACGCAGGCCUGGGCCCUGCGGCCCGCGGAGGGGCCGACAAGGAAAGGCUGCUGCGGGAAGAGCGGGUGCGUCUGCAGGCGAGGGCGGACGAGCUCGACGCGCAGCUGGCCGAGCUCAAGGGCAGGGCGGCCGGCGAUUCUGCCGUGGGCGCGCCGCAGGUGCUGACAGACGAAGAUCUGCGGCGCAGGGUGCAGCUCGCGCAGGCGCAGGCAGAGGAUGUGGUAAGGCAGAGGGUGGCCAUGGCAACCCAGUCAGUGAUCCCGCUGGCUGUGCGCGCCGCGAAGGUCAGCAGGUGCCUCGAGGACGGGGUGCAGAGCGCGAAGGCCAGGGCCAGAGAGCUCGUCGCCGAAAAGGCCUCCGCCCUGGCCGGGGCCGUCUCCGACGCCGCGGGGGGCGGUGCGAGCCCUGUCCUGGGCUGGGUGCGUGGUGCCUCCGAGCCGGCUGCGGCGGACGGGCCGGCGCUGCCAGCAGAGCUGGUCGUCGCAGGCCUCGUGGCGCCGCUGCAGCUGCAGGUGCUCGCGAUGUGGAACCGCUCCGCCGCCAUGGUCACCGCAGCGCUACUGAUGGUCUUCGUCUGGGCGCUGGCCUUCGAUCUGGAACGCAAGUGCGGAUUCGGCGAAGUCUGGCCGUGGAUGCUCGGAAUGACCGUCGUCAUGGCCUGCAGUGUCGUCGCCAGGUUGUCCGUUUCCUGUUCGGCAGCCGCGCUGUUGCGGGAGUUAGAGGUGGAGAGGGCAGCUGAGCAGCGCGUUGCGAGGAGCCGCAUCGAGGAACUGCAGCGAAGUCUGCAGGAGUCGUCGGGCAGCUUCUUCAAGGCAAUAGUUGGCUGCGAUGCAAUUACGAACUCGUGGCCUGCCAGUUCCCUGAACCUCCUCAACGUGGCUCAUGUCGUCUGGGGGGCUGUCGGCGUCGCCUGGACUGUCCAGUAUGUUGUGCCCGACAGCGUGGAGUGCGAGGCCUGGGAGAGCAGGCUCGUGAUGCACGUGUACAGCUUCUUCUACGUCAUGCUGCUGUCGCUCACCCUCCCG